CGUUAUCUUAAUUCUGACUGGCCAACUCAAGGCCAUUAGCACGUUGUAAUUAUUCACUGUUAGCCUCGAAAGAUAUAUAUAUAUAUAUAUAUAUAUAUAUAUAUAUAUUCCCUUUACUGUAUUUUAUACAUAGUCCACUUCUAUAUAUAAAAAUGAUUGCCAUAUCCUUUUCUAUCUUAUGACUUGUUUGUUGUUAAAUUUACAAGUCUCCAACGUAUUUCGUAUUUAUAUCUUAUUUUUACGUUGUAUCGACGUAAUCAGUCGAUAGAGGACAUAUGACAAGGCCAUUAUCCAUAAAACUUUUAUAAUCGAUUAUCUUAAACCCAGUCAAAAGACGGAAAUAAAGAGGUUCAAAGAUAUAUUUUAUGGCCCCAAGCUGCCAGCUUUGGGGAAAAUUUGGUCCAUUUUGGGGGAGCCGCUCUAGUAAAUUUUGGGGAAAUGAGACGAAAAACCCAAAAUUUCCCCAGACAAGCGCUAGUCAGUGUCGUAAAGUAUGUUAUCUAGUUGUUGCAAUGGAUGCAUACCAUGGUGAACCCAAUGGUGAUCUUGUGCAGAUACAUGAUUGAGCUCUUUUAGCUAGGGUGUUUCCAUUAAAACUAAUGAGAUGAAUGUUCGCGUCAAAUACGUGCAGAACUAUUUGUCGUGGGGAUUUAUCUACCACUACGCGCAAAAAGUUAUGCUCGGUUACCGUACUGUCUUAACAGUAAUGAGGGACUAUAGUGUUAUCAUUUGGUAAGUACUUUGAUAGUAGUACGUUACUUUACUGUUCAAAACAAAAGAAUGCACUCCACUAAGCUAAAUUAGCAAUUUCAAAUACUUGAUAUUCCCCUAAUCAAAUCUCUGUUUUCUCAAGUGUUUUCCCUGCGUAUCAUCUUUAGAAUAUUUGUCUAAGUGUUUAUUUAACGUUCAAACAAAAUUCUUAGCUACACCUAAUUUUGAUCAAUUUGAUCCAUCCAAAUAACUAAGUAUGUGGUUGUGACAAGUUAUUUUGAUAUGCUAACAAGUUGCGCCGAUUCAUCACCUUCCAAAGCCCCAUGCGUGUGAGGUUUUCAUAUUUUGUUCGUCUCUUCGGUUUUUUGGCGGUGCUAACAGCUUUUAUCGUACUGUGGAAAUUGGGGAAUGUCUCAUAUUAUUUGGGAUCUAAAAAGGGUUUCAACCACAGUCAUGAAUCUGAUUACAACGGAAACGGCUUCAAAAAUGAAUAUGACAGAUUCACUCGUGAAUUUGAAAGAUUAAACUCAGACUACGUUCGUUCUAUCCGGUGCAUAGUAAAUGAAAAAUUAAUAGUCGGGUGCUAUUUGCUGAAAUCACAAGAAGUACUCAUACCAUUUGAAUUAGUCCGUAAUUAUUUUAAGGUUUAUGGUUCCCUUGAUUUAUCGUCUAGCACAUUUUAUUGGAAUCACGCCAAUGUUGACAUCCCAAAACCAUAUUUGCAUAAACAUAAUCCUGUCGGUAUAUAUAUGCAGUUUCAUAAAUCCAAUGUAGAAAAACGAGAUAAUGUGAAAUUAAUCGUUGCAGAUGAAGGAGUACCAAUCAGUCAACAAUGGAGUUCUCGCGGUUAUCCAUAUCCAAUUCAAAUAGCACAAUUUGGCUUGAAUCAUUUCAGUCAAUUAGUAAUAUCAGCUGGUCAAGCGAAAUCUGAAAAUGUACGAAAUGUUUUGUCGUUGGACAAUAAAAAUAUGGAGUUAGAUCUUAUUGUUCCCAGUAAUAAUGUAAUUCAUCGUUGGGCUGAUAAAGAGUUUAUACAUAAAUGGAAUGACAGACUUAUGUUAUCAGUUGAUAAACUGAACUCCUAUGGUCAAGUAUUGUCAAUAAUCCCAAAGCUUCAAGAAUGGGAUUAUCUCAUUAUGAGUGGUCGUCAGUGGACAUAUGGAAGCCAUAUUGAAUUAUCACUUUUAUGGUAUCCUCCAGGUGGAAGUUAUAAGAAUUACCCUACAAAAAGUUUAAUUGUAUACAAUUGUUCAUCGUCUCCAAGUAGACAUCAAACCUAUGCCACUAUCAUUCAUAAUAAUAAAGUCACAUAUUGGAUGCCUGAAUGUGAAAAACAAGCCAAGAUAUAUGGAUUUGUUGAUAAUAUCAAGGUAGCACGUGAUCUUUACACUGAUUUAAUGAAAGUAUUCUACGCAAAUCGAAAGUCAUCGGAGUAUACUGGUUUAAGUAGUAUGAAAUUAUUGAAUACUGUUAAUGAUACUAAAAAUCCAUCUCAUGUACAAGUAUUAAAUAUAAACUUCUAUAUUAAUGCCCAAUAUAACACUAAUGAUGUCAUCAUAGAAAAAUUAUACCUUGGUAAAUUAACCAAUUUACAAUUAACAUUUCCAACUGUAAAUAGAAUAAACUUGGCAGAGAAAUUAUUUCAUGAAAUACGUUUUAUAUCUGCUGCUGAUUGGUUUAUUAAGCAUCAAGAUAAAAAGACUGGUGGUUGGUCUGUUAAUGUUCAACGUUCAUUCAAUGGUAGAAAAGCUCUAAAACCUGGAUGGUAUUCUGCUAUGGGUCAAGGUCAAGCGAUUUCGCUUCUAGUUAGAACUUAUAAUUACACUGGGAACCCAUUAUAUUUGGAAGCUUGUCAUCGUGCUUUAGAUUUGUUUAGUGUAAAUAUAAAUCAUGGAGGUAUUCGUUCGUAUUUCCUCAAUCAAUCCGAUUUAGUAUGGUUCGAAGAGUACCCGUUUGAUCCUCCAAUUCAUAUAUUAAAUGGGUUUAUUUAUUCACUCAUAGGUUUAUAUGAUUAUACCAAAUUAUUGGUGAACUCUCCAGAUCCUUUGACUUUAUCCUAUCUUUCGAAAGCUCAAAAUUAUUUAGAUAUAGGAUUGACAAGUUUGUCCAAAUUGCUCCCGCUAUUCGAUUCUGGUAGUGGGAGUUUCUAUGAUCUUCGGCAUCUUUCAACGGCAUAUAAUAAUAAACCGGUAAAACAAGGUCGAUCUAAAUUUUCUAAAAGUUCUUUUCAAUUAUCCACUGGACCCAAUCGAGCUCGUUGGAGUUAUCAUUCUGUGCACAUUAAACAACUUCAAACUUUGGCUGAUUUAGAUCCAAAACAUGCUAUUCAAUGGAAUACUACAGCUAAUCGAUGGAUUGCUUAUCUUCAAGGUUUCAGAUCUCUUCAAAAUUAAUAUGCUUACUUUUACAAUCGAAUUACGUUCAACAUCUUUGUGUUUUAAGACGGAUUCCAAUCAUUUACACUACUGUUACAUAUAUACAUAUACCAGCCAGUAAUUUGCAUUUAUUUUGAUAUUAGUCGUUAUACAUUAUAUGUAUACAAUAUCUAAGUGAUUAUUGGGAAUUACAUUUAAUUUCGUUUUCUUAUUUAGUAUUCACUUAAAACA